UAUUUGGAAUCUUUGUUACGUCGACAUCAUCUCACUACAUUCUAACAUGAUUGGUCCGUUUUGAAGUCAACACUAAUGGUUAGAACUCGCUGAAACCGGUUAAAAACGAGAGAGAUGAACUCCGCGAAUGAUUCAACGACGAGACUUUUUACAUUCUCUCGCAUCGCGUAAACACAACAAACGCAAGACCGUAUUUUCAUUUUGUUGCUGACUUCCAUAGCGUCUGUACGUUGAAAAUGAAUCUCUUGCGUGGUCUUAAAAGAUGUGGAAAAAUGACUUAUAUUAUAAGUCGACAGCGUAGUACUGUCGCUGCGAGUGCCAGACCUUUAACAGACAAUGGAAAGUUUGAUAGGCCCUCAAUAGUAACUAAUGAAAUUCCAGGGCCCAAGACGAGAGCACUUUUAGAGCGUGCCGCUGUGGUUCACAACACGGGAGCAAUAAAUUUUUUCUGCGAUUAUGAGAAAAGCAAAGGAAAUUAUCUUGUGGACGCCGAUGGGAAUGUACUUUUAGAUUGCUAUCAGCAAAUUUCAUCUAUGCCUCUUGGAUACAAUUAUCCGGGAUUUUUGGACAUUUACAAAGACGAGUCCAGUCUCGUAUCUGUCGUAAACCGUGCAGCUCUUGGAAAUUUUCCUCCUGUGAAUUUUACAAAAGAUUUAGAGACCUUGUUGACUGUUGCUCCGAAAGGUCUCACGAAUGUUGUUACACUCGCAUGUGGAUCUUGUUCUAAUGAGAAUGCUUACAAAGCGCUUUUCAUGUGGUACCAGCGUCGACAAAGAGGGGAAGAACCUCUGGGAUCAGAUCAGAAUAUUGAAUCAUGCAUGAUGAACAAGCCUCCCGGUUCUCCCAAUCUUUCAAUUCUGUCAUUCAGUGGAGCAUUUCACGGUCGAACAUUAGGCUGUCUAAGUACGACACACAGUAAAUGGAUUCAUAAAAUUGACAUCCCUGCGUUUGACUGGCCGAUAGCUGACUUUCCGCAGUUAAAAUAUCCACUGGAAGAAUUCAAACGAGAAAACGAUGCCGAAGAAGCUCGCUGCUUAGCACAAGUUGAGGAACUUAUUGAGCGGUGGAGAACCAAGUCUCCCGUGGCCGGAUUGAUUAUUGAACCCAUCCAAGCGGAAGGCGGCGACAGACAUGCGUCUGAUGAUUAUUUCCGCAAACUGAGAAAUAUUGCAACGAAAUACGACAUCGGUUUUAUAUGCGACGAAGUGCAAACAGGCAUGGCGAUUAGCGGACGCUUUUGGGCGCAUGAUUAUUGGAAUCUAGACAAGUCUCCCGAUAUUGUUACUUUCGCCAAAAAAAUGAUCACUGGUGGAUUUUUUUUCUCCGAUGAAAUAAAAUGGAAAGAGGGAUAUCGCAUUUUUAACACUUGGAUGAGCGAUCCGAGCAAAUUUCCAAUUUUAGAGCACACUUUAGAUGUUGUAAAAUCCGAGGACCUCGCCGCAAGGGCAGCGGGAGUAGGAGAACACCUUUUAUCUGGCUUGAAAGAUUUUGAACGCCGAUAUGAUUUUCUCAGUGCCGCCCGGGGCCGUGGAACUUUUUGUGCCAUUGAUGCAGUGGAUACAAACACAAGAGACAGCGUUGUAAAAACGGCUCUCUCUAAUGGUCUCUUGAUAGGCGGCUGUGGAGAAAAGACGAUCCGUUUCCGACCAAGCCUCAUUUUUUCAAUUCAAGAAGCCGAUAUGGCCCUUGGUAUAUUAGAUGACGUGAUGCAGAAGAUAGCCCCUUGAAGGUGUAAGCAUACAAAUGAUGUUUUUUUACCAUCCGUUUUACCUACACACCAAAUGAUUGGUACGUUUAUUGUAAUACGUUUUUGUAUUCAAAAUAUUGCGACCAUGUAUAUGACUCACAUCUGUUAUGUCACCUCACUUUGAAAAAAUUGAUAAUAUUACAAUGCAUUACAUUGUAUUAUACAGUAUCUGGAUUCGAGGGUGAUAGUGAGCUUUAUAUGUGAAAAUUAACCUCAUAAAAUAAAUUAUUAUUACUUAUUUUGAUAACACAAUUUACAUUAACGUUGGAACCUUGCUACGAUCGACAACUUUCGUUGCAACGCGUUUGUUAAUUAAACAAACGUGGUUCGUUCAUCAUAUUCACCUCAUAGUUCAAACAAAGCUUAUGUUCAUGUAUAUACUGUUUAAACUUAAAGCAAUGUAUGUUGUUAUGUGAAUUUUUUAAUCUACGCUAAGUCAUUACUUUUAUACAAGGUCAUAUGAGUCCGGCCCAAAUAGAAUCUUAUUGUAAAAUCCUGAUUUUAUCACCGGUCGAUCUUGUGUAGGCCUAUUUCGUAUUGUAAAUAAUAGAGAGUGGCAAAUUUAAAAUUUAUGCAGAUGCACUAAUAAUGGGAUCUUUCAAUUUAUACUUGUUUGCUUUUAAAUUUUAUCGCUGCAAUAAAACGUCCUGCUUCUAUUACA